CGGUGUGGAGGCUCAGCGGCCUCCAGAGCCCGGGGAGGCCUCCUGCCGAGGCGCCCGUCACUUCUCCCCCGCUUGUCAGGAGGGCUGCUCGUGGGGCCGCCCUGGCCCAGGGCGCAGGCCGUCAAGCCCGGGAGCAGAGCCAUUUAGCACCUGGCCGGUGAACCGGCUGCGGCCUGCUCUGUGGCGAGGUGUGACGAUUAACCGAACGUGGUUCCGUUCGUGAGAGGCAGGCGCGAACCCGGCUCGCCUGAACCAGCAGCUCUGCGGGGAGGUUUCCCGGACGGCCGGGGAGGUGGGAAAGGGCAGGAGCAGAGAGGUCUGCUUCCCUCCGGCCUGGCACGCCUGCUCCGGUUGCAGGGCCAGCUGAUCCCUGUGCGGUAUAGAGAAGGUCCUCAAGAGGAUUUAAAAAAUGCGUUUAUUCCCCUUGCUGUGGUACUUGAAAGUUGCCUCUAGAAGAACUUCUCUAAUACGGUAACGAAGUUUGGAAUAAUGAUGGCAGUCAUCAUUCCAAAUCCCGGUUUUAAGCGUGCAUAUCUCAAAAUAGAUGUAUCUUGUUCUCCACUCAAGAAUGGUUUUAAUUUAAAUAAAAGGUAUAUUAUUUUAGGGAUAUGGCAGCUUCUUCUGAUGAAUAGAAGCUGAUGGCAUGGACGUGUUCUGGACACUUCUCUUCUGAUCACGUGGGAAGAAAGAAUUGCAGAUUUGUCACUGGCCGGUUGUAAAGUGAUCAACUUGCAGUAGUAGUUCUUAUGAUUAUGGUGCUAUGUCAUGAGAUAUGAGUUGUCAGAGUGUGCAUUAACAAACAUACUGUAGUCUACAUUUCUUAAUAGCUUUGAUGCCUUGAUUUUUGUAGAAAGCAUAACUUUAAAUUCCAUAUUGAUUCCUAUAUUGAUAUUGAAAUAGCCUUUUCUCCCUCCAGUAACAUAAAAGUAUGGCUAAGUAAAUGUCCCAAUUAAGUACAGCGGUUUAAAUCUGUUUGUAUAUUAAAUGGGGUUAAGUGUUAAAAUAGCAUGCUGAAUUAGAGAAAGUACAAAUGAUGUCCCUGAUCCUAAUUUAGAGUUAAAAUUUACUCCAAAACUUCUUAAAAUGAAAAUAAUGCAUUAAUUGGAGUAAAAUAGCCAAUAAUCCAAGGGUUUGCAAUUAUAUUUCCUUUUUUUUUUUUUGCCCUUCCAUAUUAAUUUGUUCUCUUACCCAAGGUUAAUAGAUGGCUGUCUUUUUAAAUAUAAUAAUUAACCUUUAGCAAGUGAAGAAGUUAAUUUGAGAAAAGAUCUAGUAGAAACCAUUAGGGCUGUGCAGAUUCAAUUCCAGAAAGGUAUUUCAAAGGGUGUGGGAAUGUGAAUGUAGCUCUUGUCUACAACUCUUUAAAGCAGCUAUGCCAUUGUCAAACAUCACAUAUCAGCAGAAAAAGGAGAAUCAGCAUUGCAGUGGUGUGUGAAUGGCAUGCAGACCUUGAACCUUCAGUCAAGAAAUCUGUGACUCUUGUUUGUCCUUCAGUCUGGAAGCACUUUGACAAAAAGAGUCGAGGUUUUAGUGAACAAGGAAUGCAGGUUGAUUUCCCCUUCCUUGUCCUUUGCAGAUUCUUCCAGUAAAUGGAGAAAAACAAGGCUCAGCUGUCAUGUCAUCUACUUUGAGAUCCAGAAUGAGGCCUUCUUGUUUUUCUUUGUGCAUGGAGAGGGGCCCAAGCUCUCCUAUGCAGAUGGGUCAUUUUUUUAUCAAAGGGUCUCGGGGGGGGGUGCAAAAUGAUGAGUGGAUUCUCUCCUCCCAGAGGGGGCAAUAGCAGCCAACGUUACACCUUGACUGGAGCAGUGAGUAUGUUUAAAGAGACUACAUUUCCAGUCUUGGAGUACAAACAGGCUGGUUGCCCAUGAUGAAGAAAUUAGUGGCUGUGUUAUGUACGCAUGCAAAAAGUUAUGAAUAUACUGUGCUAUUAAUUUCCAUUGCUUCUCCAUAAUCUAUAUGUUAAAUUGUAUUUAUUUAAACUGUGUGAUCACACAGAUUAUAAGGAUAGCUUUGUCAUGUACAGAGUGCUUGAAAUGACUUACUAGCAUACUUAAUAAUGUAGGUAAAAUGACCACCUGAUUUAUCCCUGCCAGUUUGGAGAUAGUGCUGGAGGAGCUACCCUAAUAUGUGGAUAGUUUUUUACCCAAGCAAAUAUUAUUAUGGGACUGUUGGGUUGUUUGUAUUCUCUGAACUGGGUUGUUUUCCUGCAGACAUUUCAUUAUCAUGCUAUGUAACAUCAGUGCAUGGGAGAAUGAAGUUUGCUGGGUGUUUGUAUACAGUAGCUUGCUUUCCCAUCUUGGUGGGAGUGUAGUUUCUUCCUUGAUGAUUCCUUGGUUAGGAUAUUGUUUCUUGUGCUGUUUCCUGCUUAUCUGGGUGUUGGCUGCGGGGGAAGAUGUGUUCUGAUUUGUUGUUUCCUCCCUUGGCUUUUGGUUCUAUCUUUUAAAUGCUAUGUAGAUGGGUUUAUCUCUCUGUGUUUGUUGAUGGCUGAUUUGUCAGAAUGCCAAGCUUCCAGACAUCAAUUGGUAAUUAGAAGAUAUGAUGGAAAUUCCUUGAUCUCUCAUCACAUAAACAAACUCAACCACAUUUUAGAUUGAACCAAAUCGAAAAAUGCUGUAUCACAUGGAAGGGCUAUAGGAUAUGAAAGAGAAAACUGAAUACCAGGAUAUCUUUGGUUUCCACAUUAUUAAAGUGUAGAACAAAGUGUUUGUAGCUGCCGCGGGGGUGGGGGUGGGGGGUUGGUUUCUUUGUAUUGUGGAUUUUAAUUCUGUAAGCCCCCUGGAGUCACACUGUGUGAGUUGGGUGGCCAUAUAAAUUUGUUAAAAUAAAUAGAUAAACAAAACCUACUGCAAAUAAUUUCCAGUCUGCUCCAAAUGGGACAGCUCCUAAUUUUUCGGGAAUACACAGAUUAUUGACAAAAGUUUCUGCAAGCACAAUGGCACUACUCACAUGUCUUCCUUCUCUUUUAACUGAAGAAAGUCUAAUAAAUAUCAUCCCCAAAUAGCAUUACUGGGAUACAGUAUGCUUGUUAGAUUUUAGUUGAUCUCUUGGUGAAAUAUUUUUUCCAUAUGGAUAAAUUAUACCUAUUCCACUUGUUUAAGUGUCAAGUUUAUUCUAUAUAAUAUACUGUACAUUUCUUAUCAGAAUCAUGCUAUUAACAUUAAUAUCCCCACACUUUUUUUUUCUUUAGAGCCAAUGUUGGAAGGUUAUAUCGCAUGGAAGGACUAUAGCACAUGGAAGAAAAAACUCAUACCAGGACGUCUUUGGUUUCCAGGUUACCAAAAUAUGGAGCAAAGCCUGCUGGAAAUACCUUACAGCCUGUUCCAAAUGGGACGGCUCCUCACCUUUCAGGGAAUACACAGAUCAUUGACAAAAAAUUCAGCAAGCACAAUGGCACUACUCGUAUGUCUUCCUUCUCUUUUAAUUGGAGAAAGUCUAAUAAAUACCAUCUGGGAGAUCGGAUUGGUAACGAAUAUAACUCCGGUCAGAAUUCUAGCGAAAGAGUGACUGAUUCUGAAAAGUGUCCUCAGUCUGAAGGAGCAGCUGGUAAAGAAGACCUCAGGAUCAGUUCAAAUAACACUUUUUCAAAAACAGCUAAACAAGACAACAUGUUUGUAUCUCCUACAGAAGAAUUAAAUCAGAAGUGUUUGCCUGGUCUGUCUAAUUCUAAGUUCACCAAAAGUUCUUUGUUAAGCAGGACUUCAUAUUCUGGAUAUAAUGCACCAAAAUCACAAUUGAAUGGGAUUUGUGGGAGCCAGUCAGUGAUAGGUUUGCAGAGGCUUAGAGGAAACAUUUUUGCCAGCCGGAAUAGCUUAGGGGAGAGUCUGGCAAGAUCAACAGACAAUGUUACACCUGAAAAAAUGGUUAGGUCGCAAAGCUUCUCACAUUCCAUUCAAUGCUCUCUCUUGCCUCCUGCAUCUCUUACCAGAUCCCACUCUUUUAAUAGAGCUGUGGAUCUUACAAGGCCUUACCAGAAUCAACACCUAGCUAUUAGAACAUCUCAAAGGUCAAAUCUCUUGUCAAGAAGUGCACGCCAGUUAGAUGCGCCCAAUGGUAAUGAACCUUUGAGGUAUGAGUUUGCUAGGUCAUUUGCUGUUUUAGCACCUUCUCAUUUGAAGAAACAGCCACUCUUAAAUGGUGCUGGGGAUGCAUCUUCUCUGAGGUUUAGAUCAGGCCGUCCUUCAUUACUGAAGCCUGCCAACCAGCAUUUGGGUAGAAAGAUCCCUGUUGAUGGUAGCACAAGGAAAGAUUCUGCAAAUAGUUUAAUGGAAGAUUUGGUUUCAACAGAUAUUAAAAGAUGUGCUGAUGCAGAAGAAACGCAGAACAAUGAUUUUGUAGAAAGCAGCUGUAAAAUGUGCACGGAUGGUGAUGUGGAUGAAAUAUCUAUAUCAUCCCUGUCCUCUUCUGAGAAAAAUGACCUUAGUGAAGAUUUUAGUGAUGAUUUCAUAGAUUUAGAAGAUCCCAGUCGGACAAUGCAAAUUCAAGAAGAGGAAAUUCCUGCUCAAAAGCUAGAACAUGGAAAUGGAAUACCACUACAUCAACUACUAUCUCUUCAGGAAAAUGAGAAAUCUAAUUGCAAUAAUGAGGAAUGGCUGCAUAUACACGUGUCAGAAGUAGACGAUAAGAGUGAAAGUGCCAAACAUCCUACUGGGAACAAUGAAAUUUCUUCGGACAUGGAUUACAGAGCUGGCUCCUCUUUUGAGCUUUCACCAUCUGAUAGCUCUGAUGGGACAUAUAUGUGGGAUGAAGAAGGAUUGGAGCCCAUUGGGAGUGUCCAUCCAUGCGGAAGUUAUGAUUCUUCAGAAAUGAACAGCAUCGAUAUCUUGAACAAUCUUGAUUCCUGUGAUCUUGAAGAUGAUGAUCUUAUGCUUGAUGUCGACUUACCUGAAGAUACACCCUGUGAUAAUGUGGAAUGUGAAAAUAUGAACCGUUAUGAGCGACCAGACAGAAAUAUUCGACAGCAGAAAGAAGGGCUGUGGAAGAGAGCACCACAGAGGUGGAACACGCAAGACCAUUAUCACCUUGGUCCCCCUGACCAAUAUUCCCAUGCCAGAAAUGAUCUGAACAGGAGCUGCAACUAUUUAGAUGCUCCUCUUGUUAGUCAUCUUGAAGGCUAUGGAACAUCAAGCUUGUAUCCCCCACUAAGGAGUUUGCCAGCAAAUACUGUGGUAUUGGAUGAAAUGACCCUUCGGCAUAUGGUUCAAGACUGUACAGCUGUGAAAACUCAGCUCUUGAAAAUGAAGAGAAUACUCCAUCAGAAUGAUGAAAACACAUCACUACACAACAUCACAUUCUCAGUGCCAUCAAGUCCAGAACAGCUGGAACCCGAACCAGCUUAUAAGACUGACGAAUUACUCAGUGAGAUCACAGGGCUUAAAGAAGAUUUAAAAAAGAAAGAUGAAACAAUCCGAGAACUAGAACAUCGUCUUGCUGUUAAGUGCAGCUGCAGCAAAGACAGCAAGGCGCCUGAAGUGACCGUGUGCAGGUUUGCUGACAAAUACACCCAGACCACCUGCAGGAAAAACACGCCUCAAGUACUACAGCCUUCCAGCCACCUUCCCCGUUUCGCAGACCUCACCCAGGGAAAACUAGCAAAAACAUCACACACCGUGGCCCACAGUGAACCCCCUCAUCAGGACCAACAGAAAAAUGUUGGCCAUGAAGAUAAAAACGUUGCCCUAGGCUCCGGCACUGACAGCAUACAUGAACCGAGCACUUUAAACACACAGUUGAAUGACGACUCCCUGGCGAACGCACAUUCCAUCAAGAAUGAAACAGUUGGAGAAAACGCUAAAGAAGUAACAGGCAGAAAACUGAAUAUGCUGCAGUCUUGUCCCCCCUCCACCCAGUUGACUACGCAGGAUGCGCAGACCAAAUUAGCUCUAAAAAGUCAUUGCUCAAGGCCAAACCAGGCUUCACCGCCAAAGACGUCAAGAGCUCUCAGAGCCCCAAAGCAGAACGCGCCAGUGCCUCUUCCAGCAUUGUCUCCAAACGACCCUCCUGCACCUCCGUCAAGCAGCCCAGCGCGACCGCAGUCAGCAUCCAGUCUCUCUCUUCUGAGUGGCAGGAAUCAGAGGGCCUCUAAACUUCGCCCUCCGGCUAUUUCCUCCCGCCCCAGGCAGAUGACAGAUCCCCAAACCAUGGUAGCUUCCGAGCAACAGCGGUUUCAGGCCAGCCACUCAAAGCAACCGAUGCAAGCAAAAGAAGCUACGCAGAACCGAGAUGCAGCCAUUCGUCCUGGGGACGGCGUGACUUUGCAUCGGCGUUCCCGACUCCCUAAACCAAAGACGUAGCCCAAGUGUGACUUGCACAUGUACGUUGCUGUGUCCUGUGUUGUGUCGCUGCUUGCCCUCCCCUCUCCUGGCCUCCUCGGUCAGGAGGCAUUAGCAAGAGCAUGGAAGCACCGAAUGUUGCACUUCUUCUGACGCCCAAUAGUCUAAUCUCGGUUUUACCCUAUUUAAAUAUGUGCAUCGCUUCUUCAAGCCGUGAUCUGCAAGAGCCUGUGACAUCUCCCGAGGGCACCGGUUGUGAUCUGGCUGCCAGAGUGCUGUCUCCUUUGUCCAGGAAAUUGCCGACGGAAAUCGUAUCCUUUGGAUGUCCCCCCAAAUGAUAGAUGACUAAGGCUACGUUUUUGGUUUGGCAUUAAUAAUAAGUGAUGGACAAAUUAUAUUGUUGAUCUUUUUUUCCUUUUUCUCUAUUUUUAAUGUUACUCUUUAGCCAUAAGUCUUUCUCUGUAUCUCAAGAGGCCUAUGCAAAUUGCUUCUAUUUAUAACCCCAAACUGUGUAAAAGAUGUAUAUUUAAUAUUUAAUGGAGGUUGUAUGUUUUCGCAAGGAAGAUCCCAAAUUGUUCUCUUUGUUUUUGGGGUCUAUAUUCAUGGUUCACAAGUGGCAACAAAAUUUCACAGGGUGAAAUGGAUAUAUUUAUAUUUAAACCAUUACCCAUUUGUUGUAGAUAACCUGUAGAAUACAUAGUGUUAAUCAGUUAUCAUGGUAUAACUGAAAAACAGUAUUUAAUAUAUAUCCCAAACUUUUGUUUGUACUGAUGGUUGUCAAAUGGCAUGUGAUGUGACUCUGGAGAUAAUGAGUCUGUGACUGCCAGCUUGUAGAUUUUCUUUUUAAGGCUUGCUUAAUGGCAACGUUAUUUAUUAAGUUCUACAACUGAAAAUCUCAAGAAGUCCAUUUGGAAUGUUUGCACAAAAUUUUGCCAUACAUGUAGGGAUUCAAAAAUUAUUUUUCAUAAUAAAGCUUAUGUUUUUUAAACCCUAUUUUUAAAAUGCACAUACAUUUAUGUACACAGUCACACAUACACACUUGGGGAAAUCUUGGGAAGUCGUAAGGACAACACUUUUUAAUCUUUGUGAAAAAUGAUAGAAAGUCGCUGGAGACAGAGAUUCUACCAGAUAUGCCGUCUGUGGAGGGAAGGGCUCCAUGACUUCUAGAGUUAGCCAGAGCCACAAAAAUGAAAGUCAUAAAUUUGGUUUAACUGUAUUGAAAUCUUACUCCGGUAUCAGUCUGAGAACACUUGUUUGAAGUAGCAUUUUCAAAAACUGCCUCUAAAAAGUGUUAAAUAAAACUUGUGCAAAUACACCACAGCAUUGAUUUUGAGCUCUGUUUAAUAUAUUAAAUAAUAAUUCUUAUAGAAAAAUGCAUCCUUAAAGAAACAAAAGAUAACGUUCCCAAAUCUUGUACCCUCCAAAUACGUUGGGUUAGAUCUCCGUCAAUCAACCUGGCUCGUGCAUAGGCUGGCAGGAAAUUGUAUCUAAGACCUUUGGAGGGCACCAGGUAGGGGAAAGUGAGCCAGGGAAAAGUAGUGCUGGUUUUUCUUAAGGACCGCUGCCUCCCUCAGGAAGGAUAAGUAAGAAAUGUAUGCAGCCAACUUAGUUUAUCAUCAAAAGACUGACCAAGAGCAGUUAGCUGUGUUUGUGUCACUUGUAAACCUUGAAGGUAUGCAGUGAAAUAUUCUCGGCUGCUGCUGUUAACUGGAAAAUGCUUUCUUGAUGAAAAAUCAUUUUCUUCAAGUGGCAGAAAUGCUUUAAGCUUCCGUUGCCUUUUUCGUGAUCAGGGAUAGCAGUUAAAGGAGGGCUGUGUUCAAAACAGGCAGGGGUUUUCUGUCUUAAUGUUAGCUGCCCGUUAUUUAAUCCAGGCUGACAAGCACAUCAGUCCAGGUAAUUGUGGCUGAACCACUGGUUAAUCAGCUUGGCUCUCUGUCAGAGCAGAUGGACCCUGUCAAGCUGAACAGCAGUUGUCUAAGCAAGCUUACAGAUACAGUGGGAGUCGAGGGGCAGAGAGGGCUGGCUUUCUGAACUAUAAAUGCAACGAUCCUGUAUGGUCACACAGACAUCGGCAUCCAGAGGGGAUCAAAAGAAGACAAGUUGGUGGUUGCCUUGAUCACACUGCUGCAACCACCAUCUUGCUUUUGACUCCCUCUGGAUGCCAGUGGUCAGACACUUCUUGAUGGUUUUCCCAAUAUUUAAUGCCAUCUUCUUGUCUCUAUCAGUAUGCGAAUGCUUCUUGUCAAAGAAGAGAGUACAAAAAAUUGCCUCUCCGCUAAGGGGUAACUGUAUAGACAGAGGGGCUGAAAAACAGUAAAGAGAAUUGUUCCACUUCUCAAUGGCAAGUAAUAACUGUAAACUGGCUUAUAAAAGCUAUUGCAUCAGACUGAACUUCUACAUCUGUACCAGUAUUUAGGUACACACUAGUGUGGGAUCAACUCACACUAGGAAGCCUUCAACUAGUAUUUUUUCAUUCAUGUUUCCAUGCAUUACUUAAAUCACUCAAUGAGAAAAAAGCCCUGGAGAUAAAACUAGCCUUCUGCUCCCAGUUGUAUUGUCAGACUGGCCACUAAGAAGCAGGCUGAUAGUAGCAGAUGGUUGCAUGUACGGUUGAUGAUCGUCAUCUAAACUGUGUCUUGAGGCAACUUGAAUGCUAGAGGAGGUUGGCUGAGAUGCCCUGGGUCCCUGCCUCAUAAUUUCAGGCGGUUACUGGGCAAACAGUUUUUACCACUGUUUAUGAGUCUGCCUUUUAGAACUGACAGGACCAGCCUUUUUGAAUGCAGUUGCAUCAGAGGAAGUUCUAAUGUAUGUUUAGGAUGUCCAGGGGAUGAGAGGAAUUUCUUAUUUUCAAAGCUGGUGUGCAGUGUGUCUUGAAGGCUCAUUCAGGUUGGUAGAAGGUGCGUUAUGGGGUGCCAGAUCAGCAGCCAGAUUCCCAGUGGCCAUAAGUGCGUGCUUCAACUGACUGGAACAUUUGUUUAAAGUGAAAAAAUGUGGGAUCUUUCUUACAUUUACUUUGUUAACAUGCAUUGUAUCCAUUGGAUUCUAUUCCAUUAUGCAAUAAUUCCCAAAGUAUUAAACUACUCCGUUGUGUAUAAUGAAGUGGAAAUGGAACAAAACAGAUUUGCACUUGAUGAGCUCUGUAGCUUGGAGUUGUGCCUCAAUUUAAAUACCCAUGGCUGAAGCAGUGAAAUAGUUUUCAGUGUGUAUUAAUGUUCAUGUUUCAGGUUUUCUAAACGUAAGGUUUCCACGAAUGAUUCAGCUCAUAAAGUGUGUCUAGCCUUCUCCUGUCCCUGCCUCUGCCUCUGCCUCUUCAUUAUCCAAAAUAAUAUUCAUGGAACUGUAGCUUGCAUGCCUAUACAACCUGGUCCUGCAAAGCUUUGUCCUGUUAAGCAUCCAACUUGCUUAACCUCCACAUUCUCUAUGCUGUUCCUCAAAGAGAAAACCACAAAGACGUUUGCCAAAACUAAGGUUUGCCUUUGUAUUUAGAUUUGAUUAUUUAUUUGUUUUAAAAAAAAAUUACUCCGCAAUAAAUACCACCUGCCUUGUACAAACAAGGAGCAUUGCGUAUUUCAGGUGUUUCACAGGCAAACUUAGGGGUUUGAAAUCCAGUUACAGUGACUUGCAAAAUGGUCUGCAUCUAAAUCAGUUCUUGCUCUCAAAUGCUGCGUUUGAAGGGCACCAUGGUUUCCUUGGUUCCUUAUGUGCCACACUGUCUGUGUUCAUGAAGCCUUUCAUAUGCUGGUGGAUUAGCAUGCCCGAGGCUGAUUUUUCUUUUUCCUUUUUGCGUUAUUUCUGCUUUUGGUAGACAAACCUGCUACCGCUAGAAGGAUCCUGGCGCUGGAGGGACAAUUCCAUUUGGUCUGUCCUUCAUCUGAUGGUAGUGGUUCUCCAAAUAUGAUGGACAUAGUCCAGCGAAGUGUAACCCCUUUGAAGACCCCUAGAUUUAAACUUGUACUUGCCUUUGGCUUGUUCAACUUCAGUGGGAUUUUCGUGUCAGUGAGUAGUGCCUUGUUGAAACACGAUCAUGGUUAGAGAGGAUUCUUCUAUAGUUGGGUCUUAAGACACUAAAUUACUUUGAUCACUGCUGUGGUAAAGCUGCUCACUGCCUAUGUGAAUCUCAAAAGCACCACAAUUAAUAUUAACUACAGUGUUAGUAUUUGUACUAAAUGAGUACUAGCUGCAAAAUACUCUUAUUAUGUAGUAUUUCACUUAAAGAAAAAGAUAAAUACUGUAUAUUGGAACCUGCUUGUAAAGGUGAUUCAAAAGCCUGUAUGUAAAGACUUUCCUCAGUGUUGCUUUAGUGAAUAAACUUCCUAAUUCCAA